GGCUCACAGCAGCAUGGCAAGUUCAGGAAGGGAAAAAGUCAACCGCCUCCGUCUUUUCAAAAAGUACAAGGAAAAACAUGCUACAGGUGUGGUUCUGCUCAACACACAGCUAAUUUCCAGGGGUGUCCUGCUAAAGAAGCACUUUGCAAUGCCUGCAAAAAGAAAGGACAUUUUGCAAAAGUAUGCAGGGGUAGCCAACAGGUUCAGGAGAUCGCUGUGCCUGAGGUAACCAUUUUGAAUGUGAGUGUUGGAAAUGCUUGCAAUAUCAUGUGCACCGUUAAAGUGAGUACACAAGGGAUGGAGAGCCAGGACAUUGAUUUAAUGCUAGAUACAGGCUCAGCAGUGUCCAUCUUACCAGAGACUGUGUACACAAAGCUCUUCACUACAGCUGUACUUGAAAAGCCUGCCUACAGACUUAAAGACUAUGGGGGUAAUGAUAUCUCUGUGCUGGUACUGUCUCAGACCUCUACAUUGCAAAACGCGGGUCUGCAGUGCUAGGCAGGGAUUUGUUUUCUGCAUUACAAAUGCAAGUGAUAGAUGGCCAAGUUACAACGAAGCUGUCUACAGCCACUGUCCAGAACGUUAAGCGGAACACACUGGGAUGUGCUAAGGGCUUUACACACCUGGUUAAAGUACGGCCAGGGAUCACACCAGUUCACCAGAAACUGCGUAGGUUGCCUUUUGCUGUUAGAGAAGCAGUGUCUGAGGAGUUGAAAAAACUGGUGGAGCAGGAUGUCAUAGAGCCUGUAGAUUCUUCAGAGUGGAUCUCACCCAUAGUUGUCACCACAAAGAAAGGGGGCAGAGGACUGAGGCUCUGUGUUGAUUUGCGAGAGCCUAACAAGGCUAUAGUGGUGGAUGGCUUUCCACUGCCGCACAUGGAAGAAAUGUUUACAGAGCUGAGAGGAUCGACACUGUUUUCUACAUUAGAUCUUCAGAGUGCUUAUCACCAGGUGCCUCUUCACAAAGACAGCCGCAGUUUGACAACAUUCAUCACCCAUGAUGGCCUGUUUCGAUUCAAGCGGGUGCCAUACGGACUGGCAUCCGGGCCCAGCUGCUUCCAGCGGAUGAUGUCAUCGAUCCUGAAAGACAUACAAGGGGUCCAGUGCUACUUAGAUGACAUCAUAAUAGCAGGACCAACAGCUGAGGUACAUGACCAAAGGCUGACUGUGGUGCUCCAGCGCAUCAAGGAGGCUGGACUAAUGCUGAAUCUGUCAAAAUGCAAUAUAAGACAAAAAGAACUCUCUUUCCUGGGCCAUACAGUGUCAGAAAAUGGCCUUCAGCCAGAUGCCACACAUGUGACAGCUGUCACUCAAGCACCACCACCUACAGACCUUCCCAAACUGCGCUCAUUCCUGGGGCUCACAUCCUGGUACUCCAAGUUCAUACCAGGCUACGCUGCUGUUGUUGAGCCUCUCCGAGCACUUCUCCGUGGCUCUGAGUCAUUCACAUGGACACCUGAGGCUCAGAAGAGUUUUGACACUGUGAAAGAACUCAUAGUGAAUAGCCCUGCACUUUCCCUGUUUAACCCAGAACUACCUACAGUUGUCACUACAGACGCCUCUGAUUAUGGCCUUGGCGCGGUACUUACCCAGAUGCACCCAGAUGGAUCAGAGAAAACUGUGGCCUUUGCAUCACGCACACUCACCCAGGCAGAAAGGAAAUACUCCACGGUAGAAAAAGAAGCUUUGGGGUGUGUGUGGGCAACUGAAAAGUGGAGAACGUACUUAUGGGGAAGACAUUUCACAUUACGUACCGACCACAGUCCUUUGACUACACUGCUUGCAUCUAAAGGCCAAGGUAGAGCAGGCAUGCGGAUCGCCAGGUGGUCGUCUAGACUGCUUUCAUUCACAUACGACCUCCAGUACAAGCCAGGACGGGAGAACGUAACAGCAGACUGUCUAUCCAGGCUUCCACUCCCUCACUCAGAGCCUAGUUUAGAGGAAGAUAUAGAAGUUGCACUUACCUCUACACUGACAGCUGUUACCGAUGCUGAGUUUAAGGCUGCAUGCACCUCAUGUCCUGUUCAAACACAGUUGCGUGGACUUCUUACCUCAACAUGGCCUGCUUCAGCAAAACACCUCACUCCAGCCCUGCAGCCAUUCUUCAAACUUCGAUACGAACUCUCCCUACAGGGUGAUUGUGUGGUACGUGGCCCACACAGACUCGUGGUGCCAGACAGUCUUCAGUCGAAAUUCAUCUCCCUGGCCCACGACACACACCAAGGCAUAGUGAGGACAAAGCAAAGACUCAGAGAAGCAUACUGGUGGCCUGGCAUGGAUGCUCAGGUAGAGACUGCUAUCAAAUCAUGCAUCACGUGCCAGUCCCAUGACAAGUCAGCGGUCACUCACACUCCUCCACUACAGCCUGUGCCAUAUCCUGAUGGUGCCUGGGAGAAGGUGGCAAUAGACAUAGUGGGGCCUUUUGAAAGGGCACCCAUAGAUUGUCGCUUUGCAGUUACACUGAUUGAUUACCACAGCAAGUGGCCUGAAGUGGCUUUUCUUUCCCAUGCCACCUCUCAGACUGUCAUCCAGUUCUUGUCAUCUGUUUUCAGCAGGGAAGGCGACCCCAAAGAGCUGAUUUCGGAUAAUGGAUCUCAAUUUGUGUCACUGGAGUUCGAGACGUUCCUCCAGGACAGGGGGAUUGUACACAGGAAAUCAUCGGUCUACUAUCCUAGAGCAAACGGUGAGAUUGAACGCUUCAAUCGAAGCCUGAAAGACACCCUGCAGACUGCGCUGCUCGAAGGACAACCAUGGAAAGAGUUCACACGUGAGUUCAUCCAUGUUUAUAGGGCUACGCCGCACUCCACCACCCAGUGCUCACCUGCGGAACUGUUGCAUGGUCGACCCAUGCGCACCAGACUUCAUGUGGCGGGACGUCCACUUCCACAAAACCACUCACCAUCUCUACAGCAAGUUGCAUCCAAGGUGGGAGAAAACCAGAGGAAAAGCAAAGCUUACACUGAUCACAAACGGGGGGCCAAAGGCGUGUCCUUCCAGUGUGGGUCAUAUGUCCGGGUGAGAAAACCUGGCAUUCUUCCUAAGACACACUGCAAGUUCUCAAAGCCACUUAGAGUGAUGGAAAAGAGGGGACAGUACACUUACCUACUCUCUGAUGGACGUUGUUGGAAUGCUUCGUACCUGGCACCGGUUUCCCUUCAAAUGGAAGAAGGUGAGGGCGAGCUGUUACCUCUGAACUUUGAACACACUCCAGCUACACCACAACCUGAUGUAGCUACACCGCCUGCCAGACCGGUCAGGUGCAGAAGAGCUCCAGAGUGGACUAAGGAUUUUGUGCUGAGUCCAUAAAAAUGAAUUACUAGUAGAGUAAGGGAUAAAUCAUACAAAGGUUCAAGUCUUCAUUUUGACUGUAAGGGUUUUA